AUGGAGUCAAAGUUUGCUUCUUCCUCAUCCAUCGUCUUCAUCGUCGUUGUGUUCUUCUUUUUGUGCUCAACUCAAACCACCAUUUCACUUCAGACCAACACUAUCUUCAAUGCAACAGUUGCACAAGAUGGCUCGGGAAAUUACAAACACAUCAACGAUGCGAUUGCUGCUGCUCCUAUGCAUAUCAGUGUAACCAACAGGUAUUAUAUUCGCGUCAAGCCGGGGGUUUACAGUGAAUAUGUGGUGGUGGGAGAGGACAAGACUAACAUUGCUCUGAUUGGUGAUGACGCCACCACCACAAAAAUUACGGGUAACCGGAGUAAUGCCAUCGGAUUUGGAACUCCACAAAGAACCAGGUUGGCUGGUAGAGAUAAAGAUGCAGACUCCAUUGAAGGAUCUUGA